AUGAACGACCUUGUAGACUUCUUACGCGCACAUGAGGAGGCUUUCCGUAGUCGCAACCGCCUUCAAUCUCUCUACUCGGACUUCCGCUUACAGAAGACAUCGAACCCGGACGGAUAUCAAGCCAACUCUCGAGCUUGGCUACGUGGCCUGACUGCUGCCGCACGCGCUGGCCGACUACCACCAGCUUCAACAGGGCCCGGACAACAAAGUCACGUCGUCUUUGGGAGUGGUGAGGAGCUGUCGCGCGCCUUGAACUCUCCGCAGUGGGGUCGACCGCUGGCUCUAGGUGCUGUCAUCCAGGACGCUGUAGAGAAGCGCGAGUUCAUUCCUCUGGACGACUUCUUGAAUGCGACUAAGAGUAUUUACGCAAAGACCUGGAUCCCGUCACCAUGGCAGGUCGUCAGCUGGGGUCUCAAGCAGGUUGGAGUCGCCUCAUUGUUUGGAGCGUCAGACAAGCUCUCGGUUGGCAAUCUUGUCGUCAUGUCGAAUGUUGAGGAAGCAGCGAAUGCGAUCAUAGCAAAAGCCUCUCAACUCGACCAGUCAACAACCUCUCUCGUCUUCUCCCGUUCGCUCUUCGAGUCAGAAUUCGCUCAUGUCCUUGACCCGACACAACAGCCUGAGGCUGCCUUGAGCACCACCGACUUCGACAUCCUCCUCCGUUACCUUUCUCGCGACAAACCCUGCCUCUCUAUGAACUCUUCAUCCAUCAAACUGAAAUCAGUCUCCGAAUCCGUACCGCAACCCAUAACUCAACAAGACACCGACAUCGCAAAUUUGCGCACCCUGAUCAACGCCUUGGAAACACAAGUAUCGGCCCUCACAGACCGUAUAAACACCCUCGACAUAUCCGCCCGCGAAGCCGUCGCGGCUAAACGCACAAUCCAAGCCAAGUCCGCCCUCCGCAGCAAAAAGCUUGCAGAAACCACUCUAAACACCCGCAGUGCCACUCUUUCACAGCUAGAAGAGACGUAUACCGCCAUCCAAACAGCUGCGGAUCAAGUGGCCAUCGUGUCUGCCAUGUCUGCCUCUGCAAACGUGUUGAAAUCUUUGCAUGCAGAGGUUGGCGGUACGGAAGGUGUCGAGGAAGUUGUGGAUCGCUUGAGGGAUGAGAUGGAGAAUGUGGAUGAGGUUGGACGUGUGAUCAAUGAGGCCAGCACUUCAAAGGUCGAUGAGGAAGAUGUGGAUGAAGAGUUCGCAGCUAUGGAGAGAGCAGACAAGGAGAAGAGGGAAAAGGAAGAGGCGGAGAGGACAGCAGCCAGAUUGGCAGAAUUGGAGGGAUUGGACAAGCAGAGAGAUGUCGAGAAGAGCCAGGAAGAGACAAACACGCGGAGAGAGAUGCAGGCAGAGACUGUAUGA